GAAGAAAAAGAAGACAAUGCUAGCUCAGCUAGCGUUAGGCGAUUUGUUACAAGGCGGUACAAUGUGACUGAAUAUUUGAACUGAUCUCACUUUGAAAAGUGUAUUUUAUUUUAUUAUUGGAGCGGUCAGACGUGCUUUGCCUGGUUUUGUGGAUGAGUAUGGUGUGAAUCGUUAUUUCGAACAGCGGGUCAGCGAUGGCAGCUCGGCCGACGUUCAGCUCCUCGGACUCGGCUGAUGAAGCGGUGAGAGCGACGUGCGACGACGCCACCGUGUGCAAGAGGUUUGCAUCCAGUAAAGGUUACUGGAACGACCCUUAUAUCCAGUACUUUGUGAGAUCCAUCGGGGAGAGGAAGGCUCCUGAAAUCAAUAGAGGUUACUAUGCCCGUGUUCAAGGGGUGAACCGCCUCCUUGACAUGUUUAUCCGGAAAACAGAUUGCAACUGUCAAGUAAUCAACCUGGGUGCAGGACUCGAUACGACGUUCUGGAGACUAAAGGAUGAAAAUCUCCUGCCGAAGAAGUAUUUUGAAGUUGACUUCCCAACUGUUGUGGCCCGAAAAAUACACAAUAUAAAGACAAAAACACCGCUGUCCAAACCGCUCAUUGAAACUCACUCAACGGACUCCUUACUACUAGAUGGCCACAACCUGGAUUCAGAUCAUUUCUGUAUUAUUGGAGCAGACCUCAGAGACAUCGCAAGUGUGGAUGAGAAGCUAAAGAAGUUCCAGCUAAACCCAGAAUUACCCACGGUGUUCCUAACAGAAUGUGUCCUGGUCUACCUGAGCCCUGCUCACUCCUUUAAUCUGGUUCACUGGGCGGCAGAAACAUUCCACACUGCCAUGUUCAUCAAUUACGAACAGGUCAACAUGACUGACCGCUUUGGCCAGGUGAUGAUUGACAACCUGCAGCAGCGUCAGUGUAACCUGUCUGGAGUGGAGGCCUGCCAGUCUCUGGACUCUCAGAAGGAGCGGUUUCUGAAGGCAGGCUGGGACUACGCUGAUGCUCUAGACAUGAUCACGGUCUACAGUAUUCUUCCUCAGCAUGAUGUAAUGAGAAUUGAGCGUCUUGAGUUCCUGGAUGAGGUAGAACUACUACAACAACUUCUUCAACAUUAUGGCAUCUCAUGGGCCACCAAGGACAAACUUAACUUGGGUCUGUCACAGUUGGCAUUUUGAGUGUGAAAACGCCACCCCGUUGGACGAGCUCGCUGGGUUGGUGAGCCAGAGUCAGCAGCGCUGUGACAUCCUAAAGGGAGGCAGAGGGACGUGUGUGGGGAAAGAGGAAGCCAUAGUGUUCGUCCACUCCUUGUCUGGAAGUGGUUCCGGUGGGAAAACUCCGUACAUCAGCAGUAUUUGUGAGUUUUCUUUGUCUCCCAUGUUGAAGAUAAGCGGUGAUGAGGUGGAGAAGCAUGAUGACAGAUUCUGCAAAGAAAUAUUCUUUGAAAGGAAUUAAAAAAAAAUGCAUGAAGCUUAGAUGUUGUCUUUUUUUUAAUGUCGUUUGAAUUUAAUUUAUUGAGUAGGCGUUGAAAAUGAGAACGCCUCAAACACAAAUGGACGUGAAAAAAAGUUGAAACCUCUUUUGUCUUUUCUUUUACCUAAAGCCGCAGUCACACUGCACUAACAAAGGACACAGAAGCCAAAAUGAAACAAGAAAUCUGGACUUGCGUUGACUUUCGGAGACAUCGUUUAACCGUGAUCCAGCUCCAUUUCUGUAGCUGGUGCUUUGUCAGAAUUUUGAAACUGUUGAAAAAUGUGAACUAAUCCUGAAGAACAACCUCAAUUCAUCUGUAUUUUGUUUUGGUUUCUGUCUUGAUGGUUCCUCAUCGUUUGUGUACUUCCUGUAUCAUCAGCAUUCUGUUUGGUUGUCGUCCAACUUUGUCCAACCUCCCAAGUCCGACGUCUUGCACAAACAUUGACAAUAUCUGAAGGGAUCAGUAACUCAAGCUCAGACGAGCUGAAUGUGACUCAUACAUGUGUGGAACGAAAAGCAACGUUUUCAUACAGAAACAAUAGCGGCAAGAACGUUUUAUCAAUUACUAACCAUUCAUGUGCAUUCCAGCCAUCUGUGGUGCACACGCACGUUCCAGCCAAGAUGAAUCUGUUAAGACUGCAGGUGCUAUGGAGAGCACAGGGUGACUGCAGAAAUGAUCACAGGCUGGCGCUCUGUCUCAUACCCGCUGUCAAGUCACGUCAUCAUGAAUGUUUCAUUUUGAUUUUGUUCAGAAACAUCAAGGUCACCGUUCACUUCGUUUUUCUUUUGUUAGUUUCGUUCUUUUAUGCACUCUUGACUUGCAGGCUUUUCGGUGAUAGAAGUCCAGGCUCAUUCGUCCACCUUUUCUCGAUUUGCCACUUUGUGACUUUUUUUCCUUCGUCCAGCUUUUGCCGUGUGCUGUGUGAACGGGCCUUAAAUCUCCCAGAACAGACAGACAUGGUGACGUUUUAGGUCCUGAUACAUUUGAUGAUUGCUGUUCUAAUGCAUGAGAAUCUAAAAUACUCCCCCUUGAUUUACUUUGAUGUAAAUUUUAUAUCAAGUUUGAAGGACACGCAGUUGGGUGCAUAAAGUGUUGUGUGCAAAGGUUUAAGGCGGACUUAACAUUUAUUUUAUUUUUUUUUAACUUUGUUGUGUACUAGACAGUACUAUAUUUAAAGACUUUUAUUUUGAAUUUGAAAAUGAGGUUAGUAGCUUGUUAUGUAAUGAAAUGGAGCAAACUGUCUCAUCUUAAUGUUUUGGCAGUGGGAGAUGGGGCAUUGAAUAGACAUUUCUAAUGUGACUUUUGUGUUCACACUGAAAUAUAAUAAAUUUUAUCAGAUGCUAACAUCACAUAAAAUUCAUUGACACUAAUCUGUGCGGCAAAAUGUCCAAUAUUUGGAUCUGGCGCAGUGUUUAAUGCUAACCUGGGUACGGCAACAGAAUUACAAUGACAGCAAAAUCUGGCCAUAUUUUUAGUUAACUGUUAAAAAUUUGCUCUGAUUGUAAUUCUGUUACCGUAAAAUUACCUUACGCACUUGUAGAGAAUAUGAGAUGCAGGUGACUUCAUCUGUUAUGUGAUAGAGUUAUUGUUGCACUGUGUAUGUCGGUAAAGAACUGGUUCUCUCUAACCGCUGAUGGCUUGUUGUAAGAAUUAGCUAAUAUACACUCGGCACAUGCAACGCUUUAUUAGGUACACCUUGCUAGUACUGGGUUGGAUCCCCUUUUGACUUCAGAACUGCCUUAAUUCUUUGUGGCAUAGAUUCAACAAGGUGUUGGAAACAUUUCUCAGCAAUGUUGGUUCAUAUUGACCUGAUACCAUCAUGCAGUUGCCCAUUCAACCAGUCUGCCUGUUCUCCUCUGACAUCAACAAGCCAUUUUCAUCCACGCAACUGCCACUCACUGGAUAGCUUCUCUUUUUUUUUUGGACCAUUCUCUGCAAACCCUAGAGAUAGUUGUGUGUGAAAAUGGCAGUAGAUCAGCAGUUUCUGAAAUACUCAGACCAGCACGUCUGUCACCAACUAAGCUGCCACGUUUGAAGUCACUUCAAUCCCCUUUCUUUCCCAUUCUUAUGCUCAGUUUGAACUUCAGCAAGUUGUCUUCAUCACGUCUAGAUGCCUAAAUGUAUUGAGUUGCUGCCAUGUGAUUGGCUGAUGAUCUAUAUGUGUUAACAAGCAAUUGAACAGGUGUACCUAAUAAAGUGGCCAGUGAGUGUUUGAGUAAAGAGCAGAAGAUUUGGUGCAUUUGGCUAACUGUUGAUCUUGAUAGCACAUCUUUGAAUACUGGUCUUUGAUCAGUAUCCUUGACCUUUGACCCCAAUUGCACACCCUUGCUUCUGGCUGCUGAUCUGUGAUUGUGGUCUCUGUGUUGAUCUUUAUUCCUGAUCACUGAGCUUUGCACUUGAGGAGGUUUAUGUUUAUGUUGUCUGUCCUGCUUUAAUCUUGUAAUCGUAUCAAAUAAAUCUUGAUCUUUGAUUUUUCCCUUGUGAAGCUCAGCACUGAGCUAAUAACUGUA